CAAGUCAAUAAGUCAAUGUUUAAAACGCGUAACAUUAUUUUAUUCACACAUAAAAUGUUUUAUGACAAAAAGCACGAUGCCUAUUAAUUGUGAUUUUCUGUUAUUUGUGAACGUAUCCGUUAUGAUGGUUGAUUCGGGAUGUUCCCGCCGAAAUUGGACUACGGUUACAUUAAUAUGAUUGUAAUAUGAAUAUUAAUCAAUUAAUAUGAUAUCUGGUCUUAUCAACUUAACCACUUGGUUGUUUAUUGCUUCAGAAAAGCACCUAAAUGUAAGGGCUUUUUGGACAACUGUUCGGUAGAAUCGCGUUGAUAUCGUAGUUCAGUCAGUGUAUAUCCGAGAGGUCUUACAGGCGCCACAGACACCUCUGUCAUUUGUAAAGAGGAGCAGCGCGGCAGCCGGAUGAGUGCGGUCAGUUAAUUAAUGCUGCUUGCUUAAUUUCAUGUUACUGAUUAAGUGUUUAAACUUGACGUUAGAUGAGAUGUUGGUGUUUUAUGGCUCGCGAAUUUGUAAUAACUGCAUUUAUCAGGCAAUCACACGUUACGUCACACGCAUAUGCUUGUACCUGCGGUCCCUCGCGCUGUAUCCAUGAUUUAAAGCGGAAUAAAACUCUUAACUCCUUUGUAAGGAAAAAGUCAAACAGUAGCCCUUCAAAUUGAAAAUAGUGAUGGUGAUUUUGUCAAUGCUGAGAUUUAAAUGCAUUAACAGCCAUUACGUCUGUCUGGAUCAGGAUUGAAGAAGAAUCAGACAGCAAGGGUUGUCAGAUCAGAAACGUAAUAACACAAACAUAAGAAACUUCACAGGGCUGUGACAGUGACAGUAUUUUACCACCACGAUGGUAAUGCACCAAUUCACCACUGUGGUGCAGUGGUUUGUAUGAGGGGGGAGGCGGCAAUUUAUUUUUUCGCCGGUGGGUGCUCAUCACAACCUCAAGCUUUACCAGGCAACGCCAGGUGCUCUAGAGUCUGGAGCGCUCAAAAGCUUUGAAGAGAUGGAAAGUGGCGCAAUCACGUUUUCGUGUGAAUUGUGAAGUUAAAGGCAGAUCACCGUGCAACUUGGUGAAGUCAUGUGUCUUUCCAGAUGCCCAAAUCUGUACCCCUCAAAAAAACUUUAUUAAAUGCCAUGAUAGACAAGAUGAGCCUUAAGAGGAGAUUUGGGAAGAUGCUGUUUCAUAACUCUUUGCUUUGCCAGAUUAUAUGUGGUUGGGGUGUCUGCCAACGUGAUGCCUUGCUGGUCUGGUUUGAGUUUGAAGUCUCUCACAGACAGUCCAGAAGGUCUGGAGUCCAUCUUAGCUUUCAUUGGUAAGUGACUGCACAAGAGGCUGUUUGACCCACACGUAAGAUGCUGUCAUCAUAUUUUAAGUGCAUGAGCCAGAAUGGACGGGUGGUGGUGGCCAUAAGAAGACUGUCAACUAAACUAGGGUGACCAUACGUGCCAUUCUUCCCGGACCCGUCCUGUCCAGGAUUUCGGGUGCGUCUUUUGGAACUCGUAUUUGUCGACCGCAUACGUCAUAGAGGAUUAUUAUUAUUAUUACAGAAAAGCAACUGUUACAUUUUAAGGUAAGAAUGAAACUACGAUUGUAUAUCUUAUGUUUUUAACUGAAUGGCGUAUGCGGUCAACAAAUACGACUUCCGGAAGACGCACCGAAAUCCUGGACGGGAUGCGUCCGGGAAGAAUGGCACGUAUGGUCACCCUAACUAAACCAACAACAAAAUUCAUAUUUGCGGUUAUAAAUAAAAUGACUUUUAAACCUGAUUUUGUUUUCUUAUUUUAUGAUUUUAUUCUAUAUUUGGAAUAUUCCAUUUUUGCACUACUAACUGGAAACUGCUUGAAAGAAUGUGUUUUUAUCCAUAAAAGACAAAUUUCAACGGUGAAUCAUGCCGGCUGGGAUAUCAAAAUAGCAUUAAAAUGACAUCAACAUCAUAACAUCUUGAUGUCAAAUAGAUGUAGAAUUGACAUCAAAAUGACAUCAGCAGAGGUCAAAAUCUUGACAUCAAAUUGACAUCAACACUUUGACGUCAAAAUGACUUUCAUUUUUGACCUAUUCUGUGACGUAAUUUUGACGUCGAUGUUUGAUGUCAAAUUGAUGUUAAAUUGACAUCAAAUGCCCGCUGGGUAAGGUGUGGGAACCCUGUAUUUGAUUUUCUCUUGUUUAUAAAGGAACAUCACUACACUAAAAAAACAAACAUGUAUUACGCAUUGUGUGAAUGCAUGACAAAAUUACUGUCCAGAAUAUAUUCCCACAGAAAGAGGAUGACAGGUCGAGUGUUGGUGGAGAGUUUGGAUUUAUCAGCUCAUAGACUCUCUGUAAAGACAUCUGCUGAAGAUGAGUCCGACCACGCAGACAGCCGCGGUCAGUCCAUAUGUGAUGAUACAUCAUCAGAGUUACAGCGAAUGGCCACCCUGGAUCCCUGUCGACUAAACUCACAAAACUCUUUCAGAGGCAGAGGAGCUCUGUCCAGGUUGGUGAGUAUGGUGGUCACUCUUAGAGACUGGGCCCAUAAAAGUCUUCAGGAGGAACAGGAAAGGCCAGAUUCCUUCUUGGAGCGCUUUCGGGGACCAGAGCUUCAAAUGGCACCCAGUCGUAUAAGCAUUAAUCGACCUGAUGCCCAUGAUGGGAACAACGGCAACAAAAUCAGGAAGAAGACAGAUGUUUUGAUACUGGCACCUGCUGAUGACUUGUACUACCGUUGGUUGUUUGUUAUUGCCGCAGCUGUGUUGUACAAUUGGUGUUUUGUGGUGGCUAGGGCCUGCUUUGAUGAGCUUCAAACCAGAAACUUUAUUCUCUGGCUGGUUUUGGAUUACCUCUCUGAUGUAAUUUAUAUAUUGGACACCUGUGUACGAUUGAGAACAGGUUUCCUUGAGCAGGGUCUUCUGGUGAAGGACCUCGCCAAGUUAAGAGACAGCUAUUUUCAUACAUUACAGUUCAAACUGGACCUGGUCUCCAUUUUACCCACAGACCUUGCCUACAUCAUCAUUGGCAUUCAUGUGCCCGAGCUGCGAUUCAAUCGACUGUUGCGCUUCUCGCGUCUCUUCGAGUUCUUUGACCGCACCGAGACCCGCACAAACUACCCCAACAUGUUCCGCAUUUGCAACCUGGUGCUCUACAUCUUAGUUAUCAUUCACUGGAAUGCCUGCAUUUACUUUGCCAUCUCAAAGUCUCUGGGAUUCGGAUCGGACCAAUGGGUCUAUCCGAACAUCUCCGAUCCUGAGUUCGGGACGCUAACGCGAGGAUAUGUCUACUGCCUGUAUUGGUCCACCCUCACGUUGACCACCAUCGGGGAAAUGCCCGCUCCGGUGCGUGAUGAGGAGUACCUUUUUGUCGUUUUUGACUUCCUUGUUGGUGUACUCAUUUUCGCCACCAUCGUCGGUAAUGUAGGCUCCAUGAUAUCGAGCAUGAAUGCCACAAGGGCUGAGUUUCAAGCUCGCAUCGAUGCCAUCAAACAUUACAUGCAGUUCCGGAAGGUCAGCAAAGAGCUAGAAGCCAGAGUCAUCAAAUGGUUCGACUACUUGUGGACCAAUAAGAAAUCGAUAGAUGAGCAGGAGGUUCUUAAGAACCUGCCCAACAAACUACGGGCUGAGAUCGCUCUUAACGUACACUUAGAAACUUUAAAGAAGGUCCGUAUCUUCCAGGAUUGUGAGGCAGGUCUACUGGUGGAACUGGUCCUCAAGCUGCGGCCACAGGUCUUUAGUCCCGGAGAUUACAUCUGCAGAAAAGGGGACAUCGGAAAAGAGAUGUACAUCAUCAAAGAAGGUCGCCUUGCUGUCGUCGCUGACGACGGGGUGACCCAGUUCGCCCACUUAACGGCCGGCAGCUGCUUCGGAGAGAUCAGCAUCCUCAACAUCAAAGGAAGCAAAACGGGCAACCGUCGCACGGCUAACAUCCGUAGCAUUGGCUACUCUGACCUGUUUUGCUUGUCGAAGGAUGACCUCAUGGAGGCUGUAAUGGAGUAUCCCGAUGCCAAGAAGGUUCUGGAGGAGAGGGGAAGGCAGAUCCUUUUGAAAGAAGGUCUACUGGAGGAUUUGGGAGCUGCUGGAUUGGGAGAGGAAAAGAUAGAAGAGAAAGUGGAGAGGUUGGAGGCUUGUCUUGAAAUGUUACAGACUCGCUUCGCCCGCUUACUAGGUGACUACACUGCAACUCAGCAGAAGCUGAAGCAGCGGCUCACAGCUCUGGAGUGCAGGACACAUCAGUCUGGUAGUGGCUUUCUCUCAGAUGGCAAUGACAGCACCAUUGAUGGUGAUGGUACCCACAGUGAGGUCAACAUCCAACUCUGAGCACUUUUGUCGAAAACAAAACAUUGUACGUACAGUAUUGUACGUCUUAAUAACCAAUGAUAGCAAUAAUGCUGCUCCUAAGAAUUUAUCCUUAGAUUUAAUGAUAAACGCUAGACACAACAGUGUUCUGUCAGACAGUCCAGAAUAGAUGAAUGUAACAAUAAUGUGUAAGCGAACAGUAUCACAGUCCUCUGUAAGCCCUGUUGAUCGUGCCAGUCCUUUGUCUUGAAAUCAGGAUGCCACCAUCUAGGUUGGCAUUGUUUUCCUAGUAUUCUGACCCCUUUGCUUUGUGUGUUAUGUUCUUGUUUCAUGGUCAUGCUUUGUCAGAGAAUGAUGUUUGAGUCUUCUCCAAAGUCAUGCUGCGUUCACACGGUACCAUAAUACGGUUGUCAAACCCGUAUUUAAGUCCACAUGCAGUGCAGUUAUUUACGGGUUUGACAACCGCUUUCUAUAACCGGCCUCACACCCGUAAAUUUUCAGGUUUCACAACCGUAUUAACAGAGAAGCUGUGGCGUGUGAAUGGAAUCGCACUGGACAACCAGUUGUCGGUCAGGUCAUUCGUUUCUUUUUGUGUUAAGAUAACAUUACGGUGCAUGAAAAUGACUGCAAACCACGCAACAGAAUUGCUCCAUAAGGUUAAUGUGAUAUUUACGUUCACGCUCUCUAGGUGGCACUAAGAGGCUGGUUUUGCCUGCGGUUGGUAAACCAUACUCUCUGCACCACCUACAGAGCGGGAGCAUAAGCGCACUUCCUAUUUCCCUAUUUGGCUGCGUUAAUAAUGCUGUAAAUAAAGUUCAAUUUUUUCUGCACAAAUGGAUCGAUUUGUUUUUGUGUCUAGUCUUGAAUCCAGUGGCCUGGACCAGGAAUCCAGUUUAUUGGCUAGCCUUGAAAGUUAGUUCCAAACAAAACUUAAAACAGACUUGUUUAUCUUAAACAAUAUUUUGUUUGAUAUUAAUUGGAAUGCAAAUCAAAAAAAUUUGAUUUUUUUUUUAAUUAAAAAAGUUAUCUCGUUUUGGAACCAAUCUCUUCAUAUAUUCUUUUCCAGCCCACUGUUCCCCUUUCAAAAAUAAUAAUAUUGAAAUACAGUACACUGAAAAAAAAACUUGUAAAAUUAAAAAAAUUAA